AUGCGUUCGAAACUCCUGAUGAUGGCCGCGCGCGGCCUGUCAACGACAGCACGGCGCCCGCUGCGAGGCGUCGUCUUCGACCUGGACGGCACGCUCACGGUGCCGAACCUGGAUUUCAAGGUCAUGUACGAGCGCUGCGGCGUCCCUCAGAACGAGGACAUUCUCGAGGCCAUCGCGGCGAUGCCCGACGCCGAGGCCGCAACAGCCGCGGCGAUCGUCGAGGAGAUGGAGGAGGAAGGGCGCCGGACCUUGGAGCUGACGCCGGGCGCGCGGGAGUUCGCCGAGUGGCUGGCGCGGCAGGGCAUUCCCACGGCCCUCGUGACGCGCAACACACGCGCAACAAUCGACCACCUCCACGCGACGCUCUGGAAGGGCCUGCCGCCCUUUUCGCCCGCGAUUUCUAGGGAUGACACCUACGCGCCCAAGCCGCAUCCCGCGGCGCUCGAGGCCAUUUUGAAGACGUGGGAGAUCGCUGAUCCGGCCGAGGUUGUGAUGGUCGGGGACUCGCCGGCGAACGACGUGGUCUUCGGGAAGAAAGCGGGCGUGGCGACGGCGCUCGUCGACUCCGGAAGACGGUUUGUAGAAGGUGGCUCCGACGAAGGCGCUUCCAUGGUAGUGGAGAACAUCGCGGCCUUGGCCGCCGGCUUCCACGAGCGCUUCGAGCUCCCGAAGGCGGGCCCGCUUCAGAAGUACGACGUCCCUUCUCCUAGUUCGGACGCGGGGAAGGCGGCGGUUGCUGGGGACCUGGCCCGCCUCGAGGCCUGCGCCGACGUCUCUCUUCCCGACGCCUCGGGGAACACGCCGCUCAUCUGGGCGGCCGACAGCGGGGCCGCCGACGUUAUUCCUUACUUGCGGGACCGCUGCGACGUGAAUCACCGCGGCUAUCUUGGUGCAACUGCUGUGUGUCGCGCGGCCCGCAAGGGCCAUCUCGACGUUUUACAAUUAUUGCUCAAGGCGGACGUAGACGUUAAUCUACCGAAUGACAAGAUGCAGUCGCCGUUGCACUUCGCAGCCUUCAAGCAGAACCGCGCUUGCGUGGAUGCGCUGCUCGCCGCCGGUGCGUCGACGUACGUCCUCGACCGCAAGGGCCGCACGCCGGCGGAAGACACAAGUGACGAAGAGAUCCGCGCGGCCAUCCUGGAUGGCCGCGCUAGCUAG